AUGGAGGGGAUUGAGAAUGGCAUCCGUAAGCUGUCUGAGUCCUGGGAUGUCAAUCUGGCCACUACAGUGCUGGAAGCGCUACGCAGUAUUGAUCUGGAUGUCCUGCGUCAUAGCGGGCUCAAGGACGUCACAGUGAGAAGUGAGUCCAGCUUGCAAUAUAUACUACUCUGCUAUGUAUUACUGGUAGUGUCCCCUGAUGACAUAGCCAUAGAGACAUCGGAGACACUAGAGGCAUCAUGUAGGGAUGCCAACGAUUCACCAGAAACUAGAAUCGACAAUGACGUUGGGAUAUUCGAAGUAUUAUUAAUUCAUCGCAGCAGUAAGACUACAAACUUUCAAGACUUCCAUUAUCCGAUCAGGGAGUUACUGAGCUUGAUCAGUUCCAAGGAUUAUAACUGUAAUACUGGCAACUUAGCCACUGAUCUCUUGAUCUGUAGAUCCAUGCAUAAUGGUGACACAAACGAUCUGCUUGACUCUAUAGACAAGUAUCAGCAGUACUCAGUUAUGAGUAGAGUGCUGCAGUUUCCGAAGAUUAUAUCUGAUGCAGUCUAUCAAAGGUGCUACAAAGAGCUUAUUGUGAAGAACAGUGUCUGCGAGAUGACGCAACCUCUGCCAAAUGUACGGCUGUCGCUAAUGACACUAAUGGAGAUAAUCGAUCAACCUGACAUAAAUUUACUGCAGUUCCCUCGGUUAGUAACACUGCUGGGGAGCAGCUUUGUGUUUUUGUCUGAAUCACAUACUGAUAUCUCUGAGUUGCAUUACGAAUUGGAUGAAUUGGGUACUACGCAGACUUUGUUAGCUUUACUCUCCUAUGUGCAGUAUUGUUUGUCGAAAUUCUUGCUUGGAUUUAUUAAUGGUUGUAAAGUUUUACAAAAGACGAGUGAGAGCUACGAUAUAAGUACUGGUGCUGCUGUUAAGGAAGCCUUCAAGAAUAUUACUUCUUUUGAAUUUCAAUUGCCACCUUGGUUUGACAAGACUAUGAUAUUUCCUUUACCACCUAUUUUUAAAUCGUUGUUCAUAUAUGGUAAGGAUGACUCUUUGAUUAAGGCAAGCUAUAGUGACAUGAUUGUUACGAUUUUGGACUCCUUAAUGUUGUGUAUAGAGAUCAGUAGUAAGAUAUUAAACCAAUAUCGAUCAGCCAGUAUCAAUCCAUUUGAAAUUGAAGGGAAGGAGGAAAUCAAUUUGAAACACUCCAAAUUCCAACUUAUUAAAAAUGUUCACCUUUUGACUUUUAUUCCAAUAUUUUCCAGCUUGUUGUUGGCAGAACAGAUGCAAUCCCUAUCGGAAGCAAUGGUAAUUAGUAAUGAAACUUGGAAUAUGUAUGCCGAGAUCCUUACCAAUAAUAUAAAGGAACAGGUCACAAAUAUACUUCUUGUCAAUGAGAGUGUAGCACUGUACCACUUGUUAAAAAUAGUAUCCCGAGUGUCUAUCGAUGAUACAGGGUUUCAGAGGAUAUCUAUCAAAUUACUAAAUUAUCUAUUCUUCCAAUCAAAACACACCAAAUUCAAAAUAUGGUGUAAGCAGAACGAACUUUGUAGGUCCACCAUCAAGACCUAUGUUCACUUAUGGAACGAUGGUUCAUCGGACUAUUCUUUGAUAUAUACCAAAAUAAUCAACACAAAACAGCCGGAUGUUGACCACAAGAAAACUAUAUUGGCAGAAUACCUUGAUUUACUGCCUGAGGAUAUGAAAUUUGGCUUCAGUAGAGAAGAAGAGAAUAAAACCAUCAUGCCGGCGAAAUUUAACGCCUACGCCGCACCUACCUUCAUGCCAGCAGAGUCUGCAGUAAAAGCGAACAGCCAAGUGAACCCAUUCUUGCCUAUAGAUCAGAACAAAGUACAGGAAUCGGUUCAAAUGAACAAACUGACACCGAUAAUGGAAUCAAGUGUAAAAUGGACAAAUGCACCAACAACAGGGCAAAAAUAA